AUGUCUGCGGCAAGCCGGGUUGUGUACACUGCACCCCACCCUGGUGCGUGGCCAGCUUCCUCGUGCAUCCGGCCAUUCCUUCUGCAGCGCAUUUGUGGCCCUCGCAGCGUGCAUCCCAUGGCGAAGGUCUCCGAGUCCAUGUCCCAGGUGCUGACUUUGCUGGGCGCGGCAGUGGGGCCUCUGGAGCUGAGCCGCCUGGGCCUGUGCAGCCGCGGCUUGGGGCGCCAGGUCUUCGAGCCCAGCUUUCCGCAGCGGCUCUGCCGGCACCUGCGUCUCCAAGACCCGGGCCUGGACCUGGAGAUGCUCUCGAUCUGCCUGGCGCUGAGGUCCCUCCGGACCCGAACCUUGGGACGCAAGGCGUGCGAGGAGGAGCGCGAGGCCCAGUAG